AUGUGCAAAAUACUUGACAAGAUAUCGCCAGAGACGGCACCACAUAAGCCGUACGUGGCAUUUAGAUAUGCUGCACCAUUGACAGAGGAGAUGUAUACACAGCUGCUCAAUGAUGGGUUCGGAAAAGGCAAAGGCGGACGGGCUGUUGCAUUUACACAGUAUCCUCAGUACUCCUGUUCGACUACGGGUAGUUCGCUCAAUGACCUCUGGAGAUGGAAAAACAAACUAGAGGGAAGACGCGGCGCUGAAGGAUCGGAAGAUGUCAGCGGGAAUAUUCAAUGGAGUGUUAUUGACAGGUGGCCUACACAUCCAGGGUUGAUCGAGGCGUUCGCGCAAAAUAUUGAAGCACAACUAGCCACGUAUCCUGAGGAUAAGCGUGACAAUGUUGUCCUUCUUUUCUCAGCUCAUAGUCUACCGAUGACCGUUGUCAACAGAGGUGACCCAUAUCCUGCUGAGGUAGCCGCAACAGUAUAUGCCGUUAUGCAAAGAUUAAAGUUCUCCAACCCUUACCGACUAUGCUGGCAAUCUCAAGUCGGACCCCAAGCCUGGCUCGGGGCCCAGACCAGUGAUACGGUUCAGAACUAUGUCAGUCGCGGGCAGACUGAUCUUCUGCUGAUCCCAGUCGCAUUUACCAGUGACCACAUAGAGACUCUCUACGAACUAGACAAGGAGGUUAUUCAUGAAGCAAAUAAUCCGGGUGUUAAACGAGUGGAGAGCCUCAACGGGAAUCCCGUCUUCAUUCAAGGAUUAGCAGACCUGGCAGCAGAGCAUCUCCGAAGCGGCGCAAAGUGUACGCACCAGAUGAUGCUCCGAUGCCAAAACUGCACGAGUGAAAGGUGCCUAGAGCAGAAGAAGUUCUUCGCUGGCCCAGAGGGCCGCGAUCUCGUACGAUGA